AUGGUCGGCCCGGCCUUUCUUCAAAACGUGAGCGCGACGCCCUCUGCGGAUAUUCCAACCAUUACCAGCGCAGAAGGAGGGGAGGGGAACAGCUGUGGCUUGGUGGGUACGGGUCGAUCUCUCUCGGUAGUUGGUCUUCUUCAACUACCGAUCGACCCUGGCAUGCCUCACCAGCCUGAGGAAGCGACGAGCAAAGCCAAAUCCGACAUCAACAAUUCAUCUUCUCACCUUCGAGUGAGAAUCAUUCGGGUCGCGAUGGAUAAUCUUCCGCAGCUUGGCAAAGCAAUUGCUCAGGUCGUAGUGCCAACAUACCAGCUAUACAAGCCAUUGUUGCUAAUUCAAGCCGACACCAUCAAAUCGACAUCCCGUCAGACCUUCAGCUAUGGCAAGCAUCCGCGCCAGCAGUUAGAUCUCUACACUCCCACCAGUACAACACAAUCAAAGAUCAGUAAUUCUGCUUUGAUCUUCUUGUAUGGCGGAGGAUUUGUCAGAGGCGAUAAAAUCAACCCAGGUUUUCCCGAGGGUUUGGUGUAUGCGAACGUAGGCCAUUUUUUUGCGGAAAACCUGGGAGUCAAGGUCGUUAUUCCUGACUACCGACUCAUCUCUCACGGCGCAGCCUUCCCUUCCGGAGGCCAAGAUCUGGAACUGGUCAUCGAUUGGGUCAACGGCCAUAUGGGCAACGAUAUGGCAAAACCGAUGAACCUUUACAUCAUGGGUAACUCUGCCGGAGGUGUUCAUUUAGCAACCUAUCUCUUUGCGCCCGAAUUUGGCCGAAGUCGCCAGAGAAUGCUUAUAGGAGAUGCUCCAGAUCUGAAAUUGAAGGGGGUCAUAUUUCUUUCGGCCCCCUUCCAUUUCGAUUGUGCCGUUGCAGAGAGAGCACAAAACCUCCAAGCAUAUUUCGGGAAUCACGUCGGCAACUUAUGCCCCUUGGGUCUGCUGAGAUCUUGCAAGGAAGACGGGUCCAUUAGUGAAUUCAAAAGAGUCCCGGUCAUGGUUCUUUACGGAGGUCUUGAUCCGGAAGACGAGAUACUGAGGUCAAAAAAUGAGUUUGUGAAAGAGUGGAUUGAAACAGACGUUGUAGCCGACGAAUUGACAGUCUUAAAAAUGGAAGGUCACAAUCAUAUCAGCCCGGUCUUAGGGCUGGGAACAGGGAUCUCAAAAGAAGAAGCCUGGGGUCGGCAGGUGGUCGAGUUCAUCAUUGCAGCCGCCUCCAAGGGCUGA